AUGCAAGACUCAAAAUCCAUUUCCACACCUAGAGCUACUAGCACCAACCUGUCUCAGUUAGCAGGUGAUACAUUCUCAUAUGCUUCUCUAUAUUGCAGCAUCGUGGGGGCCCUUCAAUACGUUACAAUCACCAAACCUGACAUCUCAUAUGCCGUAAAUAAAGCUUGUCAGUUUAUGGCUCACCCCACCACUAUACAUUGGAUGGCUUUUAAACGAAUAUUACGGUAUCUUAAAGGGAUUCCCUCACUUAGCCUUAUAUUUCAUCCCUCAACAUCUCUUGAUAUUCAGGCUUACACAGAUGCGGACUGGGCAUCAUGCCUAGGUGACAGACGCAGUACAACAGGCCACUGUAUCUUUCUAGGGACCAAUCUAGUUUCCUGGUCAUCUACCAAACAGCGCACUAUAUCUUGCAGCAGCUCGGAGUCUGAAUAUCGUGCCCUAGUUGCCACUGUUGCUGAGAUCACUUGGAUUCAAUUUGUCCUUGAGAAUUAUGUAUUUCUACCCUAUCUCCACCAUUGA